GCGGAGACCCCUAACAUCUCAACGGACGCCUCGUCUCGCUUCGCCGGAAGGGAUCGCCGACCUCUCGAUGUUGAUGGAUUCGGGAUGCAGACUUUCUUCUCAGCCGAUUGUCUCCUCCUCCGUGCCGUCCGAUCUGAAGAACUUCGCGUCCCACCCAUACGAUUCCUCGUUCUUGGUCCGAUCGAUACCUUGGUUUCGAGAACUGUGGAUUGGGGUCUCAGAAUAGCGCGACAAGAUUGAAAAAGCUUCUGCGAACUGGUUGAGUCGAAUUUGUUGGGCAACUUGCGUGUUUAAUUUUUUCUCAUACUGGGCUGGAAGAUUGAAGAACAGUUAUGCAAGACAUCCAUUAUUUUUCAUGAAUCAUGCCUGGUGAUAGUCUGUUUGGUUUCUAAGAUGACCAUCACGAGAAGUCCAUUAAAUUCAAAUAUGCAGCAGCCUAGGGUCCGCACUCCUGGUUGGGCUGCCUUUGAUCGCAAGCAGCGAGCGAAAGAUGGUAACUUGCCUGAAUGUGAUGCUGAUCCUUUCCCAUCCAUCUCCAACAUAACUUCUUCUGGUUCUGCCACAAGUUUGGAGACAAACAAUAGCACAAGUAUGAAGUCUUUUUCUUCGGUAGUUCGCCCGCAUGUAAAAUGCCCACUAUUUGUGAAUGACCAGAAAAGUGGACUUUAAGAUAAUUCUGGUGGGAGACAUCUAGAUGAUCAAGUGACUGCGGAAAAUAAUGUAAAUCCUGCUGUUAAGAUGCUUAAAGAUCUCCAUAGUUGGGCUGAUCAAAAUUUGAUUAAGGACGUAUUAGCUGCUGUGAAUGAUGAUGUGGACCAAGCUUCUGUUCUUCUCAAAGCAAUGGUUUCACCUGACUCCAAAAUAGAGAAGACUAGCUGUUCUGACCUGAUCUCUUCUAUCAGCACUAAAGAUAAAUGCUCGGGUGAAAACCUUUCGAUAGAUAAUAAACUGUCAGAUGGUGCAGAUGAGGUGCUAAUAUCAAGGAAAGACCCAAGCAUUUUUGUGAAUGAUAAUACUAAAUUUUCAGUGGAGAGCAUGCCAGUUAAAAAUAAGCAAUCAGAUAGUGCACAUGAGGCGCUAAUUCCAAGGAGAUUGUCCUCUGUACCUGCUGAACCUGAGUGGGAAGAAAAUGACGUCUACUUAAGUCACCGAAAGGAUGCAAUAAAGAUGGUGAGGGUGGCAUCUCAGCAUUCACGGGCUGCGAGUAAUGCCUACUUGAGAGGUGACCAUGUUUCCGCCCGUCAGCUUUCCCUGAGAGCUCAAGGAGAGCGGAUGGCUGCUGAAAAGCUGAACAUGAAGGCAGCAGAGACAAUCUUAAGCAUUAGGAACAACAAUAAUGACAUCUGGAAGAUAGAUUUACACGGCCUGCAUGCUUCAGAAGCUGUGAGUGCCUUGAAGGUGCGUCUGCAUAAAAUAGAAUCCCAGGCCAUUAUGAGUCGUUCUGCUUCUUCUGAUGAGUUAGUGAAACUGGAAGCUGGAACUGCAUGCUCGGAAUCAUUAGAGACUACUAAAAGCUGGGAAGAGGACUCAGAUGCAAAGAAGGUGAAGGCAUUACCUCAGCAGAGACAGACAGUCCUGCAUGUUAUUACAG